AUGACCUACGAGUACCGCGCCCCCUCUCUACGCCUAAUCGACACGGCGACGCUUCUCAAGCAGGGUGCUGAGGCGCGCGUCUACGCUCUCGACGCACUCCUCCCUUCACCAUCAGUAUACUGGCCACCCUCCUCGACCCCUUCGUCUUCCUCUACCCCCGCCGCAACCCCCGCGAUCCUCAAAUACCGCUUCCCCAAAACCUACCGCCACCCCGCCUUGGACGCGUCGUUAACCAAGACGCGUCUUCAAUUCGAAGCGCGCGCCCUCUCCCGCUGUUCCAGGGCUGGCGUCACCGUCCCAAACGUUCUCUGGGUCGACGAGCCUGGAGGCACACUUGCACUGGAGCGCAUCGAUGGGUGGAGUGUACGCGAGGUGCUUGGCGGUGGGGCUGAGGGCGAGGUUGAAGUUGGAGCGAAUGACGAGAUUGAGCGCGACGGUACCGAGACUCCAGGGCAGGAACAGCAAGAGUCCGUAGUCGAGAGCGAAGGGCUCGCGGCGCUCCAAGCACAUGGCGGUGUUCCGGCACUCAUGACUGCGGUUGGGGCUGCGCUUGCGCGUUUGCACCACACGGGUAUUAUCCACGGUGACCUCACCACGUCGAAUAUGAUGGUGCGGAUGACGCCGAACGGAGUCGCCCCUUAUGAGAUUGUGCUUAUCGACUUUGGCCUCGCCUCGCAAGCCACACUGCCCGAGAACUACGCUGUUGAUCUCUAUGUCCUCGAGCGCGCUUUUGUCAGCACCCACCCCGCGAGCGAGGGGCUGUAUGCGGGCGUUCUCGAGGCAUAUGGCGCCGGGCUGGGGGAGAAGAAGUGGAAGCCAAUCGAGACAAAGCUCAAGGAGGUGCGUCUCCGUGGACGGAAGCGCGACAUGACUGGAUGA